AUGCAACCCAAAAACCGCCGCCGCCGCACCGGCUGCCUCACCUGCCGUGCCCGCCGCGUCAAAUGCGACGAACGCCGCCCCAGCUGCCUCCGCUGCGAAUCCGCGAACGUGGAAUGCCACGGCUACGAGGCCCGACGGCGAAUUGAGAUUCCCCACCGCAGACGCUGGGCCCCUGCUUCACCCUCUGACUCGGCCAGGAUAGAUGAGAUUACCACCCCCGCAGCGUCGUCAACCAGUACCAGUACCAGUACCAGCACCAGCAGCCAGGCCAACAGCGCCACCACCACCAUCAACGCAUCACUAAAAACCUUCCCCACCAUCCGCCCUGACGGCCUCCCCCUCAUCGGCCUCCCCACGAACCCUACUCCCACCCAGCGGCCGCACACCCGCGCCCGCGACCUCCUCGCCUACCACCAGUACAUCUUCCGGACGGUGUUUGUGCUGUUCCAGGCACGAGACGCCGGGUGGUUCUGGCGGGAUUGGGUGUGUGAGAUCGCGUGGGAGGUCGAGGGAUUGUUGGAUGUUGUUGUUGCGAUUGGCGGGGUGCAUCGGGCGACUUUGUUGAUGGGUGCGGCGGAAGUGUGGGAGGGAGUGGAUGGUGGGGAGGGGAAAGGGGCUGCUGGGAACGAUCGGGUUAGAGGGUUGGAUGUCAGGGUGAUUGCUGUUCAGCGGUAUGUGGGUGCUUUGCAGGUGGUGGGGGAGUGGGUCUCUGGUGAGGUUCUGGUGGCGGGCUUGGUGGGGUUGGGAUGGUUUGAGUGCCUUGCUAGCAACUUGACGGCGGUGGUGAGGUAUGUGUUGCUGGGGAGGUAUUACUUCAACAAUGGUUUUUUGAGAGGGGGUCCGGGAGAGGCUCAGGAUGGCAGGAAUGGAAGAGUCAAGGAUGCACUGCAGACUGCUCUGUCGGAUCUGGAGUUUGUGGUACGCAUCAAUCUGCCCAUUUUUGGGGCGUUGGGGAUGGGGGGUGGUUUGGGGCUCCGGAUAGACGGUGUGGGAGGGAGUGGUUCGUCUUCAACUGAUAUGCUGCAAGAAUUGCUGGAUCUUGUGUCUGAUCAGGAUGGGGAGGUCCGGGAGCUCAUCUGGAAUCCAAUUGCACUCCAUCUGCGCCCCUGGUUGACAACGACGGUGGGACGAGUGCUGCGAAGACUAGAGGAUUGGAGAGACUUUCAUCAGACUGCCCUCUCGAAGCUCAACGAUGACACACAAGCUGCUCCUCAGAGAUUCACCAGACGCACGAUUGACUCCCUGGAUAUCCCCCCGCGCCCACUCUCCACAGUCCAGGAAGACGAGUACCUGUAUUUGGCGCUGUAUACCUUCUACCAAGCAAGGCUCCACUGGGCACUGGCCCUGCGCAAUAACACAAACAGAACCCAGAGCGAGCUGACUGCCUAUCGCUACCUAUACCAGCAUAUGCGCCUAUUAGCUGCGGUCCUCGUCAACCGCUCCUCGAUCAAAAUCAUGAGCCUGAUGUGCGAGAGCUUGCGGGUGGGCUUCGCGCCCAUGCUUCAUCUCCUCGGAUCGUUGUGUCCCUGCCGCAGCUGGGUGCGUUGGAUCAUCACCGCGUUGAAAGAUCUCGGAUGCCACGGACUAUUUGACGGACCCGCCUUCGCGACCAGCUUAGAAGUAUGGUUGACAAUGCAGACACACGAAGAUCAAGGGCGUGAAUGGCUCCCAGCCCCUCGGAGUCGGGUCAUUGAGGUGCUGGUGCCCUGCCAUGCCGGCCGUGGUCGGGUCGCGUGGUAUGCCCGUCCUCGCACGGGUUCAGGGCAUACUCCCUGCGCUGUGGCACGGUGGUCAGCGCCUACGACGACUAAUGAGCCAGAGAUCGAGUUCCUUGAUACAAUUCAAACGUUCGACUGGGAAUGGGUGCUAGAGCAGCAGGUUGUGAAGGAUUGGAUAGAUUGGGCCGGUGAUGGUGGGUUCGAUCCUGAGGUGGUCUUGAGAGACCAUAUUGAAGGGGGGCGUUUGAUGCAACGUGAUCAGGCGGUAUGAAGACAUGAUUUCCUGGAUUCGAUACCGAUUAUACGCCAGCACAAUAAGCAUGAUGUGAUAUCGACACCACCUUGUCGCGAUGGCUGCGAAAUUGUGCUCCACUCUGCCGCUGAGAUGCUUGCUGAUCUCAAGACACUCGACAGAUGCCUAUGGUUCUCACUCUGGAUUCUCACUACAAAAAGCUUGAACCGGUAUACUAUACGAUUCCCCACAAUGCCUGCUAUAUCUGCGAUUAUGCUAUGUGCUAGAGCACUUCGUACGACUCUCGUG